AGCGUGCGGAGAGACCCGGAAUGAAAUGGACGAUGUGCCCUUCUUUGAUAUCCAACUGCCUUAUGAAUUGGCCAUUAAUAUAUUUCAGUACCUGGACAGGAAAGACCUGGGAAGGUGUGCGCAGGUGAGCAAGACGUGGAAGGUGAUCGCAGAAGAUGAAGUGCUUUGGUACAGGCUGUGCCAGGAGGAAGGGCAUCUUCCUGAGAGCAGCAUCUCUGAUUAUUCUUGCUGGAAGCUCAUCUUGCAGGAGUGCCGAGCCAAGGAACACAUGUUAAGAACCAACUGGAAGAAUCGCAAGGGAGCCGUGAGCGACCUGGAACAUGUCCCCGAUGCAGAUUUAUGUGAUGUGCACUCUCACGACGGCGUCGUCAUUGCCGGAUACACAUCAGGGGAUGUGAGGGUGUGGGACACUCGCACCUGGGACCACAUAGCCCCCUUCCUGGACUCGGAGGACUCGGAGGACGAGCCUGGAGCGCAGCCGUGCAUCUCCUUUGUGAGGAUAAACAGCUCGCUGGCGGUAGCCGCAUGCGAGGACGGGUUUCUUAAUAUCUGGGACCUGAGGAUUGGCAAAUACCCUGUUCACCGCUUUGAGCACGACGCAAGAAUACAGGCAGUGGCCCUCAGCCAGGAAGGUGCCACCGUCGCCACGGCCUCUGCCUUUGACGUCGUCAUGUUGCACCCCAACGAGGAGGGCUAUUGGCAGGUAGCCGCAGAAUUUGAAGUUCAGAAACUGGUUGACCACCUUGAAAUAGUUCCAGAUACCGAAAGGUACCCUGUGGCAGUAGCCACUGCUAGAGAUCUGUUCUACGUGCUGAAGGCGGACGACUCUGCCAGAACCCGCCCUGUCGUCUUUGCCCAGCCUGUCACCUGUCUGGAUGUCUCGGCCAGCCAGGCUGCUUUUGGGGUGAAGAGUCUGGGAUGGGUGCACGAAGGAAGCAAGAUCCUGGUCUACGGCCUGGAAGCGGAGCGCUACGUCUCGAAGCUGGGUAACGCGCUGGGCGACUUCACAUGCGUCAACCUCAGGGACAGCCCUCCCAACCUCCUGGUCAGUGGCAACAUGGACAGGAGGGUGAGAAUCCAUGACCUCCGCACCAACAAGAUCGCCCUGUCGUUCUCUGCCCACCAACUUGGAGUCUCCGCAGUCCAGAUGGAUGACUGGAAAAUUGUCAGCGGGGGCGAGGAGGGCCUGGUCUGUGUGUGGGAUUAUCGGAUGAACCAGAAGCUGUGGGAGGUGCAUUCCAGGCACCCCGUCCGCCACAUCUCCUUCAACAGCCACAGCCUCAUCACGGCCAACGUGCCCUACAGGAGGCUAGUGCGCAGUGCCGAUCUAGACGACUUCACCACACACCGCAGACACUGGGGGCUGAUCCGUGCCUACGAGUUCGCGGUGGACCGGCUGGCCUUUCAGAGUGCUCUUCCCAUCUGCCGCUCAUCCUGGGACACCACGGCAGGCCACAACUAUGACCUUGCGCUCUCCUUUCCCUAUGACAGUACUUAGGGAACAGAGAAAAUGGGAAGAACCAAUUUUAUGAAUUUGAAAACAACAGAGGAACUCUGCACCUGGUUUCAAAGGUUUGGGGGAAGCAGGCAAGCCCAGGGUACACUUGCGUGACACCCACCUUCCUGAACUGCCUUCACUUUUCCCAUCUUUGUCAGGCUUGUUUCAUCUCACUGGUCCCUCUCUCCUACUUUGAGAACCGCACACUGAUGACUCAGAUGUAGACCUCCUUCCCACAGCCCCCUCCCUCUAGCUCAGCCCUUCCUCUGCUCCCACCUGUCUGAGGAGUGACACCCCCAGCAGGGUUUCCAUCUCUCCUGAUGCCUGUGGAUCUUCCACAUCGUCAUGGACACUACAGGGCAGGGCCUGGCUGCUGCUGUGGCUCUGGCCUGGGGUUAUCACUGUGAACAAGGCCCUUCUGGGCCCUGCUCCCACCUGCUGGCCGUCUUUCCAGCCUCAGACCCUUCCUUUCCCCUUUGGGUGUGCUAGUCUCUGAGCCUACAAGGCUCCACCACCCACCCAUCCUUGGAUGAGAUCAAGUAUUCACUUAGGGUGGGCUUCCCUGACACCAUCCCCACCCAGUGCAAACCUGGGGUUAGUAGUACUUUUCCACAGAGCUUUACCACAGUUUAUAUAUUUAUACCAUUAUCUCAUUAAGGACUAUUUUGCUUACUACUGCAUCGACAACAUGUGAUACAAAGCAGAUAUUUUCUAUAUAGUCAUUGAAUAAAUAGCCAUCCUCCAAGUGAGACGGCUGCGAUUCUACAAUGGAGAAUGGGUGAGAAGUGGGUGAGCUAUCUGAGGAACCACCGUAUUAAACAACAUGAGAGAACUGUUCAUUUGAUAAAUAGUUUCCAUUUCCAGAGGAUUAAGGGGGUGAACUGCUGCAUUACUCUUGAUUUACAGUGUUCGCAGCAGCAGCCACCUAAUAGGCCUUCAAAAUAGAAACAAAAUCCACAUUCCUAGUGGGUUAGCAACAGAUCAAAGCAGCAAAAACACUUAAGCAUUAAGAUUUACCGUGUAUAUGGAAUUUUGUACCUUUCAAAUACCCAUAGACCAUGCACAGAAAUUGAUACCAUACAGGCCAUAUUCAGUGACCCCCAAUCCUAAUACAAUAAAAUUGAGACCAUCAGAAAGCUAAAUAAUGGAAACAUAAACCUGCAAAUCCCAAAUGCUCUGAAUUAACUUGGUUUUAAAGAAGGAAAUCAAGGUGGGAAAUUAUGAACUCUAGACCUGGGCAGUGAGGAAAGCACAGCACCAAAACCCAGGGGGUGAGGCCAGAGCGGGCCUGGGAGGAGCUGCAACUUUAAUAGAACUUACCUUCCCUAAGCUUUCUGGGGGGACAGCUAACAGUGAUCCCAAAGGAAGGGGGGGAAGGCAUUCCAACAAUAAAAACACAUUAUUGAAAUAGAAAACUGAAUAGUAAAGUUUCAUUUUGGGAAGACAAAACACAAGUCUUGAUCAAGAACGAUAAAAGGGAGCACAAGGGACUGUCAGGAACAGGAAGGGAGCCACUCUAGGCACAGACGGAGCACUUUCAGCAUGGGGAUGGUUUGGCCACGGGAGUGGAGCUUCUCUUCCAUCCACGAGCGUGUCAAGUCGGGCACCAUGCACCAGUACUCAGAGCCUCAGCACCUCCGAGUCCUGAAGGCUGUCGUUAAAAAUUCCACGUCCAGCUGGGAGGCCAGUGGGGCCAGAUGAAGAGCCCUGCUUCCUCUCAGGCUACCUUCCUGGGGAGGCAGCAUUGGCCCAAAGGCUCUCUGCUUCCUUUCAACCCAAUUACUUCAUAAAUGAAGCCGCUCUGCAGUUAGCAGUGAGUAUUUACUCACUGUCAUGCGGGUGUCUGACUCCCUCCGACCUCCCUUUUUAUAAGGUUUUCAUCUCUUGUAGUCUUAAUGCAGCCCUGCCACUGGGCAACCUGUUUCCUUUUAAGAAACAUUCUUGUCAGUCUGAUUUCACAGUUCAUUUCGCAGGUAUGUUCUCCCUGCCUAGCUGGGCAGAAAUUUUACAUAAUUAAACAGUUUAAAAGAAAUCUGACCAGGCAAUUGUAUUAAAAUUAAAAGUAGUUUUAAACUAUUGUUAUUCACUGCCAACAGCCAGUCCAGUGUAAAAUGUUACACAGGCGGGUUUUCCCCAACCUGUUUAUAACUCAUCUCCCAUUCAUGAAAAGCGCCUGGGUUUUGCGCAGGAGAGGUUGUCGGACCCCAGCCGUCCUCUCUAAGCCCGCCACCCUCGAUCAGCUUCCUGCUGUAGGCUUCACCUCCCCGAGGAAUCGGCCGGACGGGGAGAGGAUCAGCGCCCCUUUGUAAACCGCAUUUACCCAGCAACAGAGUCCAGCCCUGGCCCGUGUCCACCCCUCCUGUUCGGCCCGCCUUACCUUUUCCCCGCUGGCUGUUUUCGGGGAGCUUCUCCCCAUGUUCUGGGUUGGUAGCAGAUUUGCCUUCUGCUUCUCAGACUCCCUCGCUGUCUCCCCUGCAGACAAGAGAGACUCAUGUGCUGUGGGAAAACCAGAGGGCCAGACACCAGCGCUCUUGUGUCUUUGUCUGAAAACAUCGUGACUUUUGCUUUCUACUUCAUAAUGUCUGGGUUGGUUCUAAUAUUAAAUUUUUAAACUUU